GCAAUGGUGGGGGCGGGGGGAGGCAGGAAGGCGGGAAAUUUAAAGGCUGUACAGUAUUGUAACAGAGAGUUAACCCGGCAUUUAACUAAUUCGGACGUAGUAUUAUUAUUACUGAGGAGAUCAUAUUCUUGUGGUAAUAAAGUGUAUGCCUACAAUGCGAGCGCACGUGCACGCACAGACACGCUUCUCAGACUGAAAGCAUAAACAUGCAACCUAGACAUCCCUUCCCCCACUCCUGUGACCUGUCCAUAGGCUUUGCCUUAUACAUCCUGAGCUACCCUUGUGGAGGAGCAGCUAUAAUGGGUUACAGUUGCUAAAAGUGACAGAGCUUUAAAAAAAACCCUCGAAUAAUAUUUACCAUGUGUUAUGAUCGGAUUCCUGGUGACUAUCCUGGACCACUCUCUCAGCUAAAGACUGCUUCAGUGCUAUUAGCUACAAUAUUUUUAAGGAUGACUUCAUCAGGAUAGAUUUAUGGGUCAAGGGGAAAGGAUGACAUCUCCAGUAAGAAGCAGCUACACUUUGAUUCCCAACCAGAAAUAUCGACGAAGUUACCGUCGUUCCAAUAAGUUCAGCAGAACUGAGGGCACGGAUUCUCCAUCUCUGUCAACACUAGGGAAUUUCAAAACACUUCCUCUAGAGAUCUUUCAAAUUGUUUUAGAAUAUCUGCCAGUGAAAGAUAUCAGCAUGCUAAGCAUGGUAUCAAAGACUAUCAGCACCCGCCUUAUUAAUUACAUCUCAACUCCAGCAGGAAAGAGAAGGCUUUUGCUGCAGGACUUUCAUAACACUGAGCUAUCUGGCAGUAGGAAAGGAUCCAUCAUACUAGAGAACUACAGAUCAUUAGGCCUGUUACUAAAAAGGUGCACCUUACUGCUGCCCACCAAGGAAAGACUGAAGUAUAUACACAAGAUACUUUCAGAAAUAUCCUGUUUUAAACUUAGUGGUUGUUCAGAUCCUUUGCACUGUUCAGGACUGCAGUGUUAUGGAGUGUUUCUGCAGACUUUAACAGCAGGUUGGGAUGAACUAGAAUGUCACCGGGUUUACAAUUUCCUGUGUGAGCUGAGUAACUUACCCCGGAGAGUACAGGCAGUUGUCAGUAACAAACCUGGAAGUGCCCGAAAGCUGGAGCUGAGGAUAAGAAUAUUCUGCCGCAGUGUCCUGUUAAACCACUGGAUUCAUCGGAGUGAUUCGGCCUUUUGGCUGACACGUAUUCUAAAGCCAUGGCCAAUGGUCAAUCAAGCCCGGCUACUAUACAUAAUUUUUGGGCCUGCCUCUACUCUGGAUGGAUAUGUGAUCUGGCAGAAAAUGACUGAAGGCCCAACAGAUGAAACCAGCUUAAAGGGGCUGGCAGAUGCUAUUAAACUACUGUAUGACACAGAAGCAAAAGAAUGGACAGCCGAUGAUGUCAUCAGUCUGGUGGAUGAACUUGCAGUGGUUCCCCGGGAAUGGCUUCUGGAAAACAGUGCACGGCUCCUUAUUUUGUGUGGAAACAAUAUCUGUUUCACUUUUAUGGCCAGUAAAGCUGUGAAUGGCCGAGCUAUUGAACUGGCAAGGUUGGUCGUUUUCCUGGCUUUGGUGUGUGAAAAGGAUCUCUACUGCAUGGACUGGACUGUAAAAAUGAUGCAGAAAGUCUGCAAGGUUUUCAGUACUCCUGGUGAAAGAAAUAACUUCCUACAAAGUGUGGAGAAUACCUUCGCCCACAUUAUCAUGGAUGCACUGCAGUCAGUUAUCUCUGGAGAGCAUGAGGAGGAAGAUAGCAGCUUUCUGAACUUGUUCCAUCUAGUGAAUGCGCAAGCAAACUUUCAUAAGGAAAUCCUUUAUCUGACCAUGAGCAACCGCAUGUAAGCUUUUCUGGAUCUCAAGAUUUUGGAGAACCCACCAGCACAAGCGGUAAAACAAGUGACCUUUCACCAUUCAUACCUUCCCCUUUCUCAGGUGGCUGCUGUGCCACUAUCCCCACCUGCCUUCCCAAUGCACAUUUCAGUGGACAUGAUCAAUUGCAUUACAGUACAGUUGCAAGUUUUGUUUGUAGCUACUGAAGUAUGUUAUUUAAAUUGUUAUAUAUCACACACACAAUGCAUGUUAGAAAGCCAGUUAUAUUUGAAGUGUGUGGGGUGCAGUUAUAAACUUUGCUGAAAGCUGUUGUGUGGAGGGACAUGAGAAAUAGCCACUUUAAAAAUCUACAAAAAUUCUUCAGCUGGUGUAGCCCAUGGUCUGUUUUAAAGUCACUCACAUGAUGAAUGAUCCAAAAAUGUAAUGUGAGAAGGUUUGAUACACGUGUGUCCCAAGAUGGUCCUGGUACAGUCAAGUCCAUCUCACAUUUCCAGCUUGGAUGGGUCUUCCUUGGAUGCGGCAGAUAUAUUGCUAUCAGCCCUUCCUACAUAAUCUGAAACCUAUGGCCAAACUAGAUGUUGCAGCAGCAGACCUGUGCGUAAGAGUCAGAUUGCCAACAAAUUAGUAUAAAGAGAGGUGGCGGCCCAUUUAAAACGCAGCAUGGAAGGGUAGGCAGGAGAACUGCAUCUUCCACUUCAUGCUUUCUCCCCUGAAACUGCUUUACCCCAGCUGUUUCUCUUGGGGCUCUUCAACUGAAAGGAACCAUCACCAAGAGCAGCACUGAGGAGGAAGAAAGCAUUGCCGAGAAAUGCUCCACCCACCCUGCACUCUCGCUCCCUUUAGGCCUCCCCCUCAACUUUAUACAGAUUCAACAUGAACUGUUGGACUGUGCUGUUAUACCCUCUAGUUUGCCCCUUGCAGACAUACUUGCAUCUCUUAGAAACUUUAGCAGGAGGCUCGGAGGUAUCCCUUGAAGUCUAAUUCCUACAACCAUGUUGGUGCAUUAAGUUCCAUUUGGAAUGACAGGUUUUAAUGACCAUGUGGAGGUAGGGGAAACCGGAUGACAGCAGCAGGGCACCCCCGCCUGCCCGCAACUCUAUGCAUUCAUUUAAAGGUUGUAACAGCCCAUGUGUGUAAGAGCACUGGGUUCUGACUGUACGUGCAACUGGGAACCCUGCAAAAAGCAUGGGUUGAGCACAUCUAUAUAGCAUUCAGCAAAUGCGGAAGCAAUUAUGCAAUCCCUUUACCACAUGUUCAGCUCACAAUUCAGCUCAUAUUUACUGCACAGUCUUCUUUCAGCAGUUUUAUUGUGGCACCGUAAAUGCAGAUUGAGUUGCAAGUCACAUGUGAGGUACUGCAUGAAUCCAUUUCGCCCAUUUCCCUCACAGCCAGUUUAGCAGUGCAAACCAGCCCUUUCGAUAUUGUUGUUAAAGGGCCAAGAAUACUCAAGUCAUAUUCUGAGUGUGCAUGUUUGCAAACAAGAAAAAUGAUGUAAAUAGUUUAAACAAGCAUUCUCCAGGCAUAUAUUGUUGCACCAAUCAAGAAAACUUAAACUGUAUUUGGAAAGAAGGUUUUCCAAACCUGGAUAAGCUGCUCCAAGAAUGCAAAAACCUUCUGGGUAGGAAACCCCACACUGCACCCAGCAAUGCAGUAACUCCCAGCAAUCUCUGAACCCACUGGGGUACCCAUCCAGCAAGAUAUUCUUACCUCCAUGGAUGUAGCAGUAGCAGCAGCCUUGUGGCAUUUCUGCAGUUCAGUGGAUUGAGAGUAAUAUAUUCCUUUUAGCCUGGGGCAGUGGGGAGUACUUUAAACUGUUAGUUCUCUUUUCCCAUUGGGAUUUCAUUAAGAUGAAGUGAGCAUAAUUAAAGAGGCCUGAUCAAUUUUAUAUCUAGUUUCUUUAUGCAAGAGUUUCUGCCAUUAACCUUUUACACUGCUGUAGAUAAACCUGAAGUUGUUCUCAAUACAUUAUUUCACCAGGAAGAAGAUUUAAAGUAGGUGUUUGCCCCAAUCCAGCGGCAGAAGGCUGCAUGCAAGUUGUUGCAUCUACAGGAUGCACCUUGCACAGAUUGCCGCAUGGGGGUCCCAAUAGCAAGACGUAGCGAUAAGUGUGCAUUACCACAUUGCGGAAUGCAGUUUCUGGUCACCUGUACCCAGCCCUCUAGCACCGGUGUACACAUGGGCUGCAUUCAUUAGAUCAGAGUAAUUAAUGUAUUGUCUGUUGAAAUAAAGAAAUGGCAACUUUGAUCAUUUACACUUCUUCCAUCCCCUUUGUUUUCUGUAGCAAAACCAGCAAUACUACAAUAAGUUAUUUUAAACUACCCUGGCUGGUUUAUGCAUUCAACAAAAGCUAUGUCAUUCUUGUGUUUAUCUAUGUCAAUAUCUGAUGAGUAAGUCCUUGGUGCAGUAGAAGGAUACAUUUUAAAAGUUAAAAAUGUACAGGAGGGUUAAGAAUAAUUAUACCCAUGUAUAAUUCAUGUAAUUGGGAAACAGCUUUUUCCCCACAUUUAGAAACAAAUAAAGUAAUUAAAUCAUAUGCAUAAAAAUAACUCAUCCGUUUAGUUUUUUAGUUGAAAUAGUAUAUUGAAUGACCAAACAUAGCCAAAGACCAAAGCUUUGAAUUAAAACAAAAUGUAUCUUACCUAUAGAAUGUCUCUAUUUAUGGAACAUUGCAUUAAAGAACCAGAAAGAAUGAACAUGUA